AUGGAGACAUUUGAUGGCCUAGACACUAUUGGAUGGGGUAUGGGUGGUGAAGGUGCUAUGAACUACGUUGAUCUUCCUCGUCGGCCUACCUCCAAAGAGCUCGAGACGAUUCAAAAGCGAUGCAACAGAGUCAUCCAAGAUAACCUACCCAUUUCGGUCGAUUUGGCAGACAACGACAACAGUAAAAGUCUGCCAGAGGAUUACGACAAGCAAAAUGGUGUUGUUCGAGUGAUUCAUAUUGAGGGCCUUGAUCGAAAUCCAUGUUGCGGGACACAUUUGUCUCAAACGUCGCACAUUUCCAUAAUCCUCUUACAUUCCGGCCAUUUUGUGCGUAAGACAAAUUAUCGCCAAUAUUUCACGGCUGGAGAGCGAGCGAUUGGAAUGUCAAUGAAUGCCAUCAAUGGUCUCGAAUUGACUGGCAAGAUUUUGGGAUGUGGAAGUUCUCCAGAUGCUUUAGUCAAGGAAGCAGAGAGACUUGUUGGCUUGUCAAAAGAAAUGAAGAGACGGGAGAGAAAGUUGCUUAUGGAGAUUUCUGAUGAGGAAGGCAAAAAAGCAAAAGCAAAAAUUGAAAGCGGAAGCCAUGUGUUUCUUCACCGAGCAGAUGGGGGUCUAGAGUUUAUCAAUGGUAUACUCUCUCAGGUUGAUGAAAGUGCUAGGAACAAUGGCCGUUUGAUCCUGGUUGCAGUUGGAACUGAGAAGGCCGGUGGCCCAGUUGUUGUAGCGGGAGAGACUCGCGCAGUGGAAGCUUGUGUCGUCGGUAUCAAGCGCAUUCUACCCGAGAUCAAGGGCGGCGGUGCACCCGGCAAGUGGCAAGGAAAGGUGCUCAAUUGGGAUAAGGAUUGCUUCAGUCGAUUGCAAGGCCUUCUUGAGGAACUAUGA